GAUCUCUUAUAAAUAUACCAUAAUCCCUCCAACAUUUCAACAACUCCGUAUCCCUAUCAUCACCAUGAACAAUAUUUCGAGCCCAAUUUUCUCCCUCUUCCUCUUCUUGCCCCUCCUAGCCUCCUGUGCACAAAAGCAGGUGUACAUAGUGUACUUUGGUGAGCACAGUGGAGAGAAAGCAUUGCAUGAGAUAGAAGAAACACAUCACUCUUACUUGCUCUCCGUGAAAGAGACAGAGGAGGAUGCCAGAGCUUCCCUUAUUUACAGCUACAAGCACAGCAUCAAUGGCUUCUCCGCAGUUCUCACUCCGGAUGAAGCCUCCAAGCUAUCAGAACUAGAAGAGGUGGUCUCGGUGGUCCCUAGUAAGGUUCACACGGUGCAAACUACAAGGUCGUGGGAGUUUCUAGGCUUGAAUGAAGCAAAAGAACCGUCUCUCUUAAAUCGAAGGAUGGGAGAUGAAAUAUUGCUGAAAUCAAAAUAUGGGGAAAAUGUCAUCAUUGGGAUGAUAGAUAAUGGUGUGUGGCCAGAAUCAAGGAGCUUUAGUGACGAAGGGAUGGGGCCAGUUCCAAAAUCAUGGAAAGGAAUCUGCCAAUCUGGGGAUGCUUUUAACUCGUCCCACUGCAAUAAAAAAAUAAUUGGAGCCCGGUACUACAUCAAGGAUUACGAGCAACAAUUCGGCCCAUUAAAUCGCACAGCGGACUUCCUCUCUCCUCGCGAUGUCGCUGGCCAUGGAACUCACACGGCAUCCACGGCGGCUGGUCGACGAGUUCCUACUGUUGCCCGUGGAGGGUAUGCAAGUGGCGUGGCUUCCGGCGGGGCUCCAAUGGCCCGCCUUGCCAUAUACAAAGCAUGCUGGGUCAAUCCCCCCAACGUUUCUGGAGGCAUUAACAUGUGCAUGGAUGCUGACAUGCUUGCCGCCAUUGACGAUGCUAUAGCUGACGGAGUGCAUGUGCUCAGCAUUUCAAUCGGAACCAGUACACCUACCGACUACACUGAUGAUGGGAUUGCCAUUGGUGCAUUACAUGCUGUCAAACACAACAUUGUGGUGGUGUGUGCUGCUGGAAACAGCGGGCCUACGCCGGCGACUUUGUCAAACCCGGCUCCCUGGAUAAUCACUGUUGGCGCUAGCACCGUUGACCGGGAACUCUCUAGCCCUCUUUUGUUAGGAAAUGGCACCAAAAUUAUGGGACAGGGUAUAACUUCAUACAAGUUGAACAAAAAGACGAUGUACCCCUUAGUGUAUGGAGGAGAUGUUGUUAACUCUAAUGGGGCACAAAAUGUCUCAACAAUAGGGCGGUGUCUUCCAAACACGCUGUCCCCCAAAAAGGUGAGAGGAAAAAUAGUGUUAUGCAUGCGAGGCCUUGGAUCAAGGGUGGAAAAAGGUCUGGAGGUUAAAAGGGCAGGGGGUGUUGGUUUCAUCUUAGCAAACAAUAAGGUAUAUGGUAAUGACAUGACUUUGGAUGAUCACUUGUUGCCACAAACCAGUGUCAUCUAUGAUGAUGCUCUCAGAAUUCUUCGAUACAUCAACAGUACCACGAGCCCGACCGCAACGAUCAUGCCAGGGAAGACAAUUCUGCACAAGAAGCCAGCUCCAACCAUGGCCCCAUUCACAAGUCAGGGUCCCAACGUGAUUGACCUUAACAUUCUUAAGCCUGAUGUUACGGCACCAGGAGUUGAUAUUUUGGCCGCAUGGAGUGGGAGAUCAUCUCCAACGGGCUUACCGGCAGAUCACCGUGUGAUUGAGUAUUACUUCGACUCGGGAACUUCCAUGGCUACGCCUCAUGUGGCGGGUGUAGCUGCCCUUCUCAGAGCCAUACACCCAAAAUGGAGCAGCGCAGCCAUAAGGUCUGCGCUGAUAACCACAGCCGAGACAAGAAACAACAUGGGCCAGCCAAUAUCUGAUAUGAAUGGUACCCCGGCGACGCCAUUCCAGUUUGGUGCCGGUCAUUCUCGGCCUACCAAGGCAGCGGACCCCGGCCUCGUCUAUGACGCCUCCUUCACCGAUUACAUCCUCUACCUCUGCAGUGCUGCGUACAAAAAACUAAACAACACCAUAUUCAAGUGCCCCAACUCACCGCCUUCAACAUUGGACCUCAAUUACCCAUCCUUCGCAAUUCCUAACUUGAAUCGGACUGUUACCAUCAAGAGGACGGUCACCAACGUCGGAAGCAAGAAAAGCAUAUACUUCUUUAGUAGCAGACCGCCGGUGGGGGUGUCAGUUAAGGCCAACCCCAGCAUUUUACAGUUCAAUCAUGUUAACCAGAAGAAGAGCUUCACCAUUACAGUGAGUCCAAGACAUGAUCCAACCGUGAAGAAAAAUGAGUAUGGUUUCGGUUGGUAUACUUGGACUGAUGGGCACUAUAUUGUAAGAAGUACCAUGGCAGUUUCUUUGGUGUAGAUUAUAUUUUUAUUCUUUGUUUUUCAUUGGCAUAAGCCUUUUCAUUUUUUUUCCAAUCACAAUUUAUUUUCCUUUCUAUUACCAUAACAUUGAAUUACUAAAUGCAAAAGCAAUGGGCUUUUUCUGUAAACCUUUUUUUUCCAGUGAUUAAAACAGUAAAUUUUGU